AUGUCGGACGGAAGCCGCACAGGGUGGCCUCCUUCCGCGUCCCCUCAAUCCUGCAGGCCGCCCAAACUCGCUGUUCCCAGCCACAAGCACGGCGGCUUCCUGCCGCCCGACCACCGUCGACCCGUUGAUCCAGACAUGCUGAAAUGCAGUAGCACGUACAGGUACGAAGAUGGAGCAGGCAUCACACGAGGAGAAGAGGAGCAGCUAGACGUGAAGCUGGAUAUGGAGCUGGACAUGAAGCUGGACCAGAAGACAUCCCAAGGAAGCGCGAGGGAGGAGAGGGAGACAUGCGCGAGGGAAGAAGGCGAUGUCCAGGCCGGCGCCACCCCCAAAAACAAGGAUGAAGCUGAUAUUGUUUCUUGGAGGGAGUAUGAAGCUCUUCGCAAUGGGACGCGACGUGAAUUACGCGCACAUGGCGAAGGACUUGCUGCUGAUACUGAGAAGGUCACCAAGAAGCUUGACACUAAUGAUGAGACUGUCAAUGCAAUUCAAGUUCAAGUGACCGAUAUUCAGCGUUGUAUUCAAGCAUUGCAGUUAGCUGUUGAGAACUUGACCCAACAACAACAACAACAACCUGAAGAAGAGGACAGUGUUCAUGGAGAUUUUGAACAACAACAACAACAACCUGCUGCUGGUCGUGGUGUUCGACGUGGUAACCGUGGUCGUGGUUUUGUUGAACUUGGAGCCCGCCGUGUCCCUCCACAUCAGCAAGACGAUGAUUUGGAUCCGCCCGCCCGCCGCCCGCCGCCCGCCCGCAUGCCGUCGCCCUCCGCCCCGGCGAGCCGCCACCUACGCCUCUGGUGGCGCCGCCGAGGCCGGGGCGGAGCCGUCGCGGCCACCUUCGCCGUCGCGCUCCUCGCCGCGGCGCUCCUCCUCUCGCUCUCCUACUACGCCUCCCUGCCCCUCGCGCCCGCCCCCGGCCCCACCCUCGUCGGCCUCACCCUCGUCCGCCGCGCCGAGGAGAAGGGCGCGCUGUGCUUGGACGGGAGCGCGCCAGGGUACCAUCUGCAGAGGGGGUCAGGGGCUGGAUCUCAGAGCUGGCUCAUCCACUUGGAGGGUGGAGGUUGGUGCCGAAAUUUGAAGUCAUGUGCUUCACGCCAGAGAUCUAUCUUGGGUUCUUCACGGUACAUGGAAAGUCAGGUUGAGUUUGCUGGGAUGUUGAGUGAUGAUCAAGAUCAAAAUCCAGAUUUUUACAACUGGAAUAAAGUGAAGAUAAGAUAUUGUGACGGGGCAUCAUUUUCUGGGAAUGUCAAAGAGGAGUUUCAGAAUGGCACAAAAUUCUUCUUCAGAGGACAGCGUAUCUGGGAAGCAGUUAUGGAUGAACUUCUACUGAAAGGGCUCAGACAUGCUAAACAGGCUUUUCUAACAGGAUGCUCUGCUGGUGGGUUAGCCACAUUCAUUCACUGUGAUGAUUUUCAUGCACUGCUGCCAAAAGAUUCUCGGGUUAAGUGUCUUUCGGAUGGUGGUUUUUUCCUUGAUGUAGAAGACAUUUCCAAUCAAAGGACCUUGCGGGCUUUCUAUAGUGAUGUUGUCCGUCUUCAGGAUUUGAAGAGGAGGUUCUUGCACUGCAGUUCAAGCAUGGAUCCAGGCCAGUGCUUCUUUCCACGUGAAGUUGUAAAAGUCAUCAGGACGCCAGUAUUUAUUCUUAAUCCAGCAUAUGAUGCCUGGCAGGUACAACAUGUGUUGGCACCAGUAGCAUCAGACCCUCAACAUUCAUGGCUAGACUGUAAGCUGGAUAUUAGCAAGUGUAGUCCUAACCAACUUGAAAUUCUCCAAGGUUUUAGGAAAGAAUUGCAUGACGCUAUCGGAGAAUUGAAGCAGAAAAAAGACUGGGGUAUUUUUAUCGAUUCCUGCUUUAUACACUGUCAGUCGUUGAACUCUUUCACUUGGCACUCUCCAUCUUCUCCUAGAGUCAACAACAAGACCAUUGCAGAAGCAGUUGGAGACUGGUUCUUUGACAGGAGAGAAGUGAAGGAACUAGACUGCGAGUACCCCUGCAACCCGUCGUGCCACAACCUUGUUUUUGCUAAGCCCUUCAAGGGAUGAAGUUAUGACCUUUUGUGGUGUUGUAAAUUAGCAAAGCGUGCUUUUUCCA